GUGUAUCGAUGGAUGUGUAAUGCAAUGGUGGAAACGGAAGCUUUCGGCUGAUGGAAAUGGACGCUUUUUGACCGAAACCGUACGAGUAAGAGCGAGAAAAUGUCGUGCGGAAGAGCAGGCGAGAUGGGCUCGUGCUCGGGCCACGGACAGACGGCGGCGAUGGACGUUCUGCCCAGCGGAAACAUCUUUCGAGAAUUACAAGUCGUGCAUGAAACCGGCUACUUUUCGGCCCAGCCGUCGUUAGAAGAUCGCUGGCAACAGAACUGUUUGGAAAUGGAGCGAUACUUGAAAAGUGAACCUAAACUGACAUCUUUCAAACGCAUCAAGGAGCACUCCUGUGAUAUCUCUGGUGGUGGUGGUGGAGGCAACGUUGGUGGCGAUGGUGGAGUUGGCGACGAUGUCACCACAUCAUGCCCCUGCAAGCGCGGCUCUGACUGCUGCGAAGCCGUCGAGGCUGACAGCGAUGCCAACAUCGACUUCCCCGACCUCGCAGACAUUCCAGAAGACGAUGAUGAUGACUGCGUGAGCGACGAUGACGAAGAUGAUGAUGAAAUAGAAUGCGUCAGCCGACUCAACGAGUUCAUCCACCUGAACAUCAGCGACCACAACAGCAGCACCGUGGAUCGCGUCAGCCUCAGCAGCUUCAGUUCAUCGUCCAGUGGCGUGUCGUGGGACAGCAACAUCAGCGACCCGCCGUUGUCGCCCACACAACCCAAGUGCAGUGAUCUGUUCGCUCUUAAAUUAGUUGCUCAAAGAGGGAGGACUGAAACGGUGGCCAUUCGGCCGAUGUCUGCCGACUUAAUACAUCAUCAGCAUCAGCGGCAUCAGAGACUGAUUCUGGCGGCCGGUUCGUCAUCUUCGUCCCUGUCUCCGCUGCUGCGCCCGGUUUCCGCGGUAACGGGACAGCGGCCCGUGUUGCCGCACGCCGGGUGUAACGGCAGCCGGGUGGAUCUCAGUGCAGACUGCAGGAGGCGGAUUCAUCACUGUCCAUACAGCGGGUGUAAGAAGGUCUACACAAAGAGUUCACACUUAAAGGCUCACCUUCGAACACACACAGGUGAAAAGCCGUAUAAAUGUACCUGGGAAGGCUGUGAGUGGAGAUUCGCGAGGUCAGAUGAACUUACACGACAUUACCGCAAACACACGGGAGCAAAACCAUUUCAGUGCCGAUAUUGCGAACGGUGUUUUUCCCGAUCCGACCACUUAGCGUUACACAUGAAACGGCACUCCACGAUGGAUCUAUGAUGGCGGCAGAUGUUAAUUAAUAGGAUUAUAUAUAUAUAUAUAUAUAUAUAUAUAUAUAUAUAUAUAUAUAUAUAUAUAUAUAUAUAUACACGAGACUUCAUCCGUGUGGUUAUAUAUAGAAGUCAUGUGAUGUUGAUCGGUGCAUGAAUACGCCUCCCGCCCAAAAACCAUUUACGUUGUUUCUGUUAGAGUGUAAAUUACUACUAUGCCAGUAUGUGUGUAUAUGCAUGUAUGUGCGUGUAUGUGUGUGUGUGUGUGUAUUUGUGAUGCAGAAGUACUCACAUAUGUCUUAUAGUCCUUAACCUCAUCAUCCGUGUUUUGAAAACACGAGACUAUUUGUGAUGCAAAAUAUCAUAGCAGUUAUCACGGUUUAUGUGGUUUUAAAAACAAAUAUCCUGCAAAAUUACUAUGCCGAUGUUCUGUUUGAAAACAGAUGAAAAAUCUCACAAACUAUUAUGUCAAUGUUCUAUUGUAAAAAAACACACCAAAAUCUCAUGAAAAUAUUAUACUAAUGUUCUGUUGUAAACACAGAAAAAAAAUCUCACAAACUGUUAUGCUAGUGUUCUAUUGUGAAAACCCUCAAAAUGUCAUAAAACUAUCAUACCUAUGUUCUGUUGAAAACACAGAAAAAAAAUCUCACAAACUGUUAUGCCAAUGUGUAUAUGUAAUAUUACGUGCUGUAGAAAUUUCUCAUGGAUGUGGUAUUAGUGUAGUUGUUGGGAAGGAAACACUGUCGUAUUUAUGGAAUCUGGACUCGUAUUCACAAAGACUGUACCAGACACUAUAUUAACUAGUGCUGUUCACUGAUCCUAAAAUGGGCCUCUCUGUUUGGAAAUUACACCAAUUUGUGUUGUCCUAAUGCAGGCCUCUCCAUUGAAAGUAGAAAUAUCCAUAUUCUGGCUUCUGACAAUUGAAAGAGUGAUCAUUUUUGUUCCAUUCACGUGCAAGGAGGUUGGUUUCAGGGGUCAAAUCUAUCCUGCUCAAAAUUAUGCUUCUUUUAAUGUAUUUUUGGAUGGUGAGUACAUGAUCUGAAUCCCCCCCCCCCCCCCCCCCCCCCCCCAGAAAUGAGCUCAUCACUGUGUAGACCCUUCUGUACACACGUCUAUGUUCAUAUGUCACUCUUGCAAAUAUAAUUUUGCAUAACCUAUUUUUCGUUUUCGCAUUACAUUUAGAACAUCAUACAUCGACAUAAUGGGUUAUGCAAAAGAAAAGAAAAAAGGAAAUGGGUUACCCAGUACCCGAAUAAUUGUUUUUCAUAAUCUGCAUAUUUUCAAUUCUCAAAAGCCUCAUUACUCUUCUGAUAAUAGUUCAAGAUGAGAAAUUAAUUUUUUUUUAAAUAAAACUGAGCAGUUAAAAAAUCCAUUUGCAGCAAAACCAAGAAAGGCAAAGAGUUAAAACACUCACCGCUUUUUGCUAUUACCAGGUGAGUAGGAGGUGAGCAUGACUCACUGCUCAUCUGUCUUGGAGAGGCCUGUUAUGCAUUUCUGUUUGAUGUUGUCCAAGAUAAUGUGUUUUUAUUGUCACAGAUGGGCAACGCAAAUGAGGCAGCAAAACUAAAAACUAAAAAAGCCAAUGUGAAAUGUUAAAACAUUUGUUCAUCCAUUAAAAUGUGAAACCGAAAGCAGAUCUAUGCCAAGCUCAUGUGAUGAACAAUUUAAAUUGUGUGACCUAUUCAUAAAGGAAUCUAUGCCAAAUUCAUCUGACUGGAAAAUGAAGAGCAGGUGUCACAUCUCAAGGAGUUCCAUACCAAACACAAAUCGUCAUAUAGCAAACUCAAAGAAGAUGACAAAUUGAAAGUGAUUGACGUACAAAAAUAAAGAUUAUGUGAAACUAAAAACUAAAAAGAAAAUAUGAAAUUGUAAACAACUUUUCAUCCACAACAACUUUUCAUCCAUUAAUAUGUGAAACUCGAAGCAGAUCUAUGGGAAAAUUAAAGAUGGAACCACUCUUCAAGACAUCUGUACCAAGAUCAAAACAGAUAGAAAACUAAAAAGAUGACACAUUCAAAGCAGAUGGAUAACUAAAAAAUGAUGACAAACUAAAAUGGCUGACACACUCAAAAGCAAAUGGCAAAUUAAAAAUCAGUGUUAAACUCAAAGCAUAAGGCAACUUGAAUCAGAUGCCACACUUUCAACAGAUGGCAAACUCAAAGCAGAUGCCACACUUUCAACAGAUGGCAAACUCAAAGCAGAUGCCACACUUUCAAUAGAUGGCAAACUCAAAGAAGAUAAAGCAAACUCAAAAAAGAUUGCAGACUCGAAGCUGAUAGCAAACUCAAAGAAAAUGGCAAUUAAAGAAGAUGGCAGUUCAAAGUAGAUGCCACACUUUCAACAGAUGGCAAACCUAAAACAGAUGGCAAACCUAAAACAGAUGGCAAACCUAAAACAGAUGGCAAACCUAAAACAGAUGGCAAACUUAAAACAGAUGGCAAACCUAAAACAGAUGGUAAACUUAAAACAGAUCGCCGACUCAAAGAAGAUGACAGAUUCAAAGCGGAUGACAACUCAAAGCUGAUACUGAACUCAAAGUAGGUGUCAAACUCAUGGGAACCAUUGUGAUUUUGUAACAGUUAAAAACUAUUAUCCUUAGGAUAAAGAUAGAACUAGAAACCACUAGACUAGUAUUGAUGGUGUUUAUGAUGAUGAUGAAAUGUUUGACCCUACAGAACUCUGUUGAUGCAUAAAGUGCAGGUCACAUAAUAUGCAUGUACCAAUUUAAUAUAAUAUUUAUAGGAUAUUAAACGAGCUUCCAUUUCGUGUCAUGUUUAUGUCCGGAGUGAAAUAAUGUUCAAUUGUCACAAGCUUUAGUGAGUGACAAAUGAA